CUGCGAGCGUUCGCAAUAUCAAAUGAAACGCAUCUCUAAAACGCAUUUUACUUACUAUUCGUAACAUUUACGAACGUUAUCCGUCUUUGUUUAACUUUCGGUCAACAACAAGAAUGAAAUGAUAUCGUAAGCGUUACAAACAUCAAAUGGAAUGUGUCCCUAGUGUCUUCCGCGGACUCUCGGAGAAGAGGUAGAGGCGAGCGGCCGAGGAGUUCAAAUGUCGUGUCGCGUGUAUUGCCUGCGCUUGGCCAGCGAGGAACCAAACAGAUCCAUUUUGUGUCCGCUCGGCCACUCGGUCGCGCAUUGAGUGUCACUGUCAGUCGUGCGCGUGCCGAUAUGACAAUUUAACGGCGAAAUCUGUUACGUUCCGCACGGCGCGAGAACGCCGAGGAAAUAUAUAUGAAGCUUAAUGGCUGGAUGCUGGUAGAGAGAUUCAUUAACGAAACGGCAUGCUUGUAAGAGCCUGGCCGCGCACUGUCACGUGGGAUGAAUGAGGAAGAACUGUUGAAGCGGUCUGCUGCAGAGCGUGAUAGGAUUUUCAGCUGCUAUGACCGGGGUAGGGAGGGCACCCAGAUUGAUCCCUGGGAAGAUCCUGGUUACGAAGUCUAUCACACUACAGAUAGAUAUGGAUUUAUACACGAUAAGAGAUUACCACAGAAGCCGGAUUCAUACCAGAUCAAGUUACACCAUGUGGAGAUGGAGAGAUUGAAGAAAUGGGAAAAGAUGACAAAACAGUGGGAUAGUGCCUCGACCAAGGAAAAAUUGCGUCGUAGAAUAUACAAAGGAAUUCCUAACAGAUUUCGUGGCCAAGUAUGGUCUCUACUCUUAGGCAUCAAAAAUCUCAAAAAAGAGCAAGCAGGCAAAUAUGAAGAGAUGCUACAAUUAGCUCGUCAAUGGUCCACAGAGAUAAGACAAAUCGAUGCUGAUGUCGCCAGACAAUACAGAGAUCACAUUAACUAUAGGGAGAGAUAUAGCAUAAAACAAAAAUCCAUGUUUUAUGUAUUAGCAGCUUAUAGUAUGUAUAACAUGGAAGUAGGAUAUUGUCAAGGAAUGUCUGUGUUAGCUGGUUUGCUGCUGCUUUACAUGGACGAAGAGGACGCAUUUUGGGGCCUUUCUGUGUUACUUGCCGAUCAAAAAUACAGCAUGCAUGGCUUUUAUGUUGAUGGAUUUCCAAAAUUAAAUCGUUUCAUAGAGCAUCAUGACAAGAUAAUGAACAAAUUUUUGCCGAAAUUGAAACGGAAAAUGGAUAAAUGCGGCUGCGAUUCCAUACUUUAUGCAUUGAAAUGGUUUUUUGUUGUUUUUCAGGAGAGAACUCCCGUUAGUCUCGGUCUUCGUAUUUGGGACAUAUUUCUAUUGGACGGUGAUCGUAUUCUUCCGGCAAUGGCGUACACCGUGAUGAAGCUACAUAAACGCUAUUUGAUGCCGAUGGAAAGUCUCGACGAAUUCUGCAACUAUCUGCAAAUCAAGUUAGAAAAGGACUUUUGUUUUGAUGACGACACUGUGAUCAGUACGAUGGAACGCAGCAUGGAGGAGUUAAAGCGUGCCAAAUUAGAUUAUCCGGGUGUACCGUUGCCUCAUGAACUGCCCCGUUUUCCAUUUGGCACUUUCAAGGAGCCUUCGUUUACCAAUAAGGUUGGAAGGCGAAGCGAAGAAUUUAGCGAAGCUCAGCAUGUAAUGCGAGAAUCCGUGGCGCAGCGCAGGGACAUGGCACUGAUCGACAACGGCAGGGAGAGCACUACACCUGUCGAACCGACUAGUGGCCUUGGCGGAAGCAAGUUCUCGUUUGAUCCGAGCCUCGAUGACGGCACAUCUCCUAACGGUUCUCGUCGAUCGUUGGCCGAGACAUCGGUGACGUCGACGGCUGAUCUGUCGGUGUUCAGUUCAGCGACGCGUUCCCAGGCAUUAGACAACAGCUUGGAUACCCAGAGCAAUAUCUCAAACGCCAGCUCGGGCAGCGGUGGGCUACCGACGCCGCGUGCAACACCACAUCAGCCUAGCCCGGAUGUUGUGCGCAUUUACGUGCCGUAUGCAUCGCCCGUGUCGGCAGCGGUCUCUUACAAGGACGACCUACCACGCACGCUACCACGCUCCCUAGACACCAAUAAGAUUCGCAUCCGCGUUGACCCGGAUCAGACACCCAUCGUCGAGAAUCUCAAACCGUUUUCCUUGGAGAGUCCGGAAGUGGAGCUGGACUUGAAGUAG